UAUUGCGCUUAAUAUUGAAAGAAACAAACCGGUAACGUGAUUAAAUAUCAUAGUUGUGAGUUAAUUAUCGUUAAAAAUUAAUUAACAAAUUAAUUAUUAACUAGAGAAUAAUUAAAAGUAAUUAAAUUUCGUAAACAUUUUAAAUAUUUGCUCGUAAUAAAAAAACUCAAUGUCCGAACUUAAAUAUAUCGCGCGCCCAAAAGUUCGAUUCAGCGAAACAUCGGAGUCCGCUGAUGACUCGACAUCAUCAUCAAGACCAGGAUCAUCACGAGUGAGAAUAAAAAGCAUCGAAAAUGUCAAAAAACCAUUCAAAUUAGUGCGUGAAGUCCGCGACAGCCUUAACCUCAAACGCGCUGUCAAAAGUGUCCAGAUGUCAACCUGUCAAGUUGGACCCAAAUCAUCCAGAAUAAAAUCCACGGAAACAGAAGCUGGUAAAAUUAUUAUUGAUGCUGAUAAUUCUGGUAAAGUAGAGUCGAAUAAAGAGAAUAUUAAAAAUGACAGGGAAAAUUGUCUGACUAAAAAAUCAUCAAAUAGUUUGACAGCUGGUGCAAGCAAAGAUUGUAAAGUUGAAAUGGACAAAAUAACUAAAAUACUUGAUUCUGUUUCUAUAAAAACACCUGGACAAUUAAAAACAAAAAAAGUGAAUGAGGAUUUAAAUAAAAAACCGGGAAACAAUAAUGAUUUUAAAAAUUUAAAUUCAAAAGUUGGCGGUAAUCAAGCAAAAUUAUCAAGUCAUCAAUUAAAAACAUCAGGAAAUCAAUUAAAAUCAUCAGGGAAUCAAUCAAGAGCACCUGGACCUCAUAAAUCUUCAGGUGCUCCAUCAAAAUCAUCAGGAAUUCAAUCAAAAUCAUCAGGAGUUCAAUCGAAAUCACCAGGGAUUCAAUCAAAAUCACUGGGAGUUCAUUCAAAAUCAGCAGGAGUUGAAUUAAAAUCAUCAGGAAAUCAAACAAAAGCAUCAGUAGCACAAAAAUUACCAUCAAAAUCACCAGGUGCAUUUAAAAAACCACCAGAUCCAGUUAAAAAAACCCAAAUAAAAGUAACAACGGCCAGAAAUAAAUCAGUUUCACGUCCAAAUGUUUAUGUAGGACCAGGAAUAUUGAAAGCACGAAGUCUGCCAUCAGUUUCUGAUCCUAAACCAACUAGCAGACUGACAAAUUAUCCUGCAAGUGAUAAAUUACGCAGGCCUGAGUACAAUUCUGUUAUAAAGACAAUUAAAAAAAUCGAUAAAUUGAAACACGAAAAGAUUGUCAGUGAUUUUGAUCAUCUGCCAGCUUCGUACAAGGACUUGGUUGCUCGUAAGAUGUCGAGCGCGUUGGACUUUCCGGCGGACAAGCCGAUUUUUAGGGACCUGAUUGACUUGAGUGUUGAUGAAUCCCAUCUGCCGGGACCCAUCACGCGGACCAGAGACCCGCAGCCGAGGCAGAGAGACCUGGAGCCCAAGUUGGAAGACUUUUUCAAGCCGGAGUAUAACAAUGAGUACUGCGCUUCUGUUAAAAUACGACCGAGGACUCCGGAGUUUGAUGACAAUUGGUCGGCAUUUAAAAUAAGCGACCGUAUUUUUGAGUGGAAGUCUUCUCUAGAUGAUUAAGGAGUUUGUUUUGAUGGUGAUUUUUAAAAAAUAACUGAGCGUUCAUUGAAAGGGAGUCGGAUUUUUGAGCAGUUAACAUGUAGAGUUAAGAGACGGCAGAGAAAACUCUUGAUUUUGGUGAAACUAUUGGAGAUACGGUAAAAAGAUCUGAGUACAUUUUUGUAGAGGAUUAAAUUCUCUACAAAAAAGGUCUCAAUAAAUUUUAACGUAAGUCGCAUCAUUCGGGCCCUGGAAAUUUUUAAAGUUCAUUUGAAAUUUUUAUUCAAAUAUUCCUAACAUUUAUUCACUAGAUUUAUUUCUGUUGUACUUUGAAUCAAAAUUUCAGCUAAACUAUCAAAGAUACGGUAAAAAUAUAUGAGUACAUUUUUGUAAAGGAUUAAAUUCUCUACAAAAAAGGUCUCAAUAAAUUUUAACGUAAGUCGCAUCAUUCGGGCCCUGGAAAUUUUUAAAGUUUAUUUAAAAUUUUUAUUUAAAUAUUCAUAACUUUUAUUCACUAGAUUUAUUUCUGUUGUACUUUGAAUCAAAAUUUCAGCUAAACUAUCAAAGAUACCGUAAAAAUAUAUGAGUACAUUUUUGUAGAGGAUUAAAUUUUCUACAAAAAAGGUCUCUAUCAAUUUUUACAGAAGUCGCAUCAUUCAGGCCCGGGAAAUUUUUAAAGUAAAUUUGAAAUUUUUAUUCAAAUAUUCGAUUUUUAUUCACUAGAUUUAUUUCUGUUGUACUUUGAAUCAAAAUUGUGGCCAAACUAUCAAAGAUACGGUAAAAAUAUAUGAGUACAUUUUUGUAGAAGAUUAAAUUCUCUGCAAAAAAGGUCUCUAUCAAUUUUUACAGAAGUCGCAUCAUUCAGGCUCUAGAAAUUUUUAAAGUUAAUUCUAAAUUUUUAUUCACAAGAUUUCUUUCUGUCGUACUUUGAAUCAAAUUUAUGGCCAAACUAUUAAAGAUACGGUAAAUAUAUAAGAGUACAUUUUUGUAGAGGAUUAAAUUCUCUACAAAAAAAGCCCCUAUCAAUUUUAACAUCAGUCGCAUCAUUCAGGCCCCGGAAAUUUUUAAAGUUUAUUUGAAAUUUUUAUUUAAAUAUUCGAUUUUUAUUCACUAGAUUUAUUUCUGUCGUACUUUGAAUCGAAAUUGUGGCCAAACUAUCAAAGAUACAGUAAAAAUAUGUGAAUACAUUUUUGUAGAGGAUCAAAUUCUCUACAAAAAACGUCUCCAUCAACUUUUACGUAAAUCUAAUAAUUUAAGCACUAGAACUAUAUUCCUACAAAAAAUCUCACCAGCCCUGAAUCAAUUCCGCCAUUUUAAAAAUCACCCGCCAUUUUGUUAUCACAAAAAAACAAUUCAGUAUUCACACAAAAAUGAUCUAAAUACUUACAAAAUUACGUUUUAAAUAACUCAAAAAUAUUUAAAUAUUGAUACUUUAUUUUUAAUUACCUAUAUAUUGUAAAUAUUUAAACUGUACAAUUAUAUUUUUAUAUAUACGGCAGUAUUUACACUUAAUUACAAAAAAAUCUAAAUAAAAAUUACAAAAGUCAAUUUUAA